AUGUCAAAACUCGGUAAAGCAUUAGCAGUUUCUUUUGGUGCCUUUGCAGGUGGUGUAGCAGGCUUUUAUUUCUUAGAAAUGUACAAGAUCAAGUCAAAGGAGCAAAGAUUAGCCAUGUUACUAGCAAAGAAACAAGAAUAUGAAAAGAUGCAAAACAACAAUACAAAUUCACUAUAG